GAAGUGUAAUGGUCACGUGCUUAUGCUGACGUGGCGAUAACAAUAAAUAUAGACCUGAAACGCAUUACGUUGUCUUCUCUCUAUUUUGUUUUUGAUGAUAAAUUCUUUCUAUCUAUUUAUAACCUCGACUCGGAAACUCCACGACUCACUGAGUUAAUAUCUCUCUUAACUCGGAAGAAACCAAACCAAUAACAAAGCCAUAAACUUACUCUUUACAUUACAAUAUUCAAUAUUCAGUAUAGAUUUGAGCGGCAAUUCAAAAUGGGUUCUCAGUCAACGAUCGAGCACAAGGCCUUCGCCAGAGUUGGUUUUCUGGGGAACCCCAGCGAUGUCUACUACGGUAAAGCUAUCUCUUUCUCUCUCGGAAAUUUCUGGGCUUCGGUCAGAUUGGAAUCUUCUGAUGAAUUGAUCAUCUCACCUCACCCGAUUCACGAUCUCGUCAACUUUAGAUCUCUCGACCACUUGGUUGAUCGGCUGGAGAAUGAAGGUUACUAUGGUGGUGUGAGACUUCUUAUGGCGAUUUGUAAAGUUUUUCGUAAUUAUUGUAAAGAAGAGAAAAUUGAUCUUCAUGCCGAAAAAUUCACUCUUUCAUAUGAAACUAAUAUCCCUCGACAGACAGGACUUUCAGGUUCAAGUGCUAUUGUAUGUGCUGCCUUAAGCUGUCUUCUUGAUUUCUACAAUGUUAGGCAGUUAAUCAGAGUGGAAAUUAGGCCUCAGCUUAUUCUCAAUGCUGAGAAAGAGCUUGGAAUUGUUGCUGGUCUUCAAGAUAGGGUUGCCCAGGUUUAUGGAGGACUUGUUUACAUGGAUUUUAGUAAGGAACAUUUGGAUAAGUUGGGUCAUGGUAUUUAUACACCCAUGGACACCAGUCUCCUCCCACCUCUAUAUCUCAUCUAUGCUGAAAAUCCAAGUGAUUCUGGCAAGGUACACAGCACAGUUCGGCAAAGGUGGCUUGAUGGUGAUGAGUUUAUAAUAUCAACAAUGAAAGAAGUUGCAAAUGUAGCUGAGGAGGGAAGGACGGCAUUGCUUAAAAAGGACUACACCAAACUUAAAACUCUGAUGAACCGCAAUUUUGAUCUUAGAAGGAGCAUGUUUGGCGAUGAUGUUCUUGGUGCUAUGAACUUAGAAAUGGUGCAAGUAGCCCGAGGGGUAGAAGCUGCAUCGAAAUUUACAGGUAGCGGUGGAGCUGUGGUUGUGUUUUGCCCUGAUGGUCCUUUGCAAGUGAAGCAAUUAGAGGAUGCAUGCCACAAAGCUGGUUUCAGAAUUGUGCCAAUUGAAGUAGUUCCUUCUCUACUAAAUGAAGUUGAUCUCACAACCCUUGGAAAUUAGGAAAUCGUACCAGAGAAAAAUUGGAAUCAUUUGAGUAACCACCAUUCGUAUUCUUUUCAAGCUUACUUUGGAUUCUUUUAUUUUGCGACAUUUUAGUUUUAAGUUGUGUUCUUAGAUGGAAACCUUAGAAAUCACAGUUAUUUUUUUGGCUCUCGUCAAAGAAUGGCAUUCAGUAGAAACCAAACAAAAAAGAAAAGUUCUUUUAUAAUACAAAUUAAUUGCAUA